AUGCCCUCCCUCCUGGGCGCCACCCCCGGGGGGUAUGCACGCCCCCAUGAGGCGCGCCCCGACGUGCACGGCCCCGGCGGGGUUACCCAGCCACCGUCCCGCUACACCCAGUGGGUCGGAGGACCCCUAAAUUGGCUUAGCCAGUGUGAGCAGUUCUUCCGCGGGCAGCGCACCCUGGCGUCGGAUCGAACCUUGCUUGCCUCCUAUCACCUCCGGGGCGCCGCCCAGACGUGGUACUACUCCCUCAAGCAAGACGAGGGGGGAAUGCCUCCUUGGGACCGCUUUCGGGAGCUAUGCCUCCUUCGCUUUGAGCCGACGAUCCACGGGAGCCGCCUCGCGGAGUUGGGGCGCCUCCCCUUCACGUCCACGGUGCAGGACUUCGCCGAUCGCUUUCAGGCACUCGCCUGCCACGCCCCGGGUGUCACGGGGUGA